AUGUAUGCCGAGGAUGAGAUAUUGUUCGCCAAGACGAUGAUUGGCGUCUUUCAGAAUAUCGAGUAUAUUUGCACCAAGGCCAAGGAGAAGAUCUGGGGCGAGGAGGGGUGGAAGAAGAUUGUUGUGUGUGUGGUUAGUGAUGGAAGGCAGAAGAUUGAUCCCAAGACGAGGAGUUUGCUCGCGGCGAUGGGAUGCUACCAGGAGGGGAUCGCGAAGUUGAGGGUCAACGAUCUACCCGUUGAGGCGCAUCUGUACGAGCACACGACGCAAGUCGGCCUCCAAUUCGACGGUGACAAGGUAAAAGCGGUGCCCAACGGCACCGCCGUUCCCGUGCAAAUGCUGUUCUGCCUUAAAGAGAGCAACGCGCAAAAGAUCAACUCUCACCGGUGGUUCUUUGAAGCAUUCGGGCCGGCACUGGAGCCCAACAUCUGCGUGCUGAUCGAUGCGGGGACCAAGCCGGGGAAGGACAGCAUCUACAAGCUGUGGGAGGCGUUUCAACUGAACCAGCAGUGUGCUGGAGCGUGUGGGGAGAUCAAGGCUGAGCUGAAGGGGUGGGAUGUCUGGAAGAACCCGCUCGUUGCGACGCAGAACUUUGAGUAUAAGAUGUCCAACAUACUCGACAAGCCGCUCGAGAGCGCGUUCGGCUUCAUUAGCGUAUUGCCGGGGGCGUUCAGCGCGUACCGGUACAGCGCGCUGCAGAACGACGUCAACGGCUCGGGGCCGCUGCAGAUGUACUUCAAGGGCGAGGCGAUGCACAAGGGCACGCUCAACGCGAGUAUAUGGCAGAAGAACAUGUAUCUCGCCGAGGACCGGAUUCUGUGCUUCGAGCUGGUCACGAAGAAGGGCGCCGACUGGACGCUGCAGUAUGUCAAGUCCGCGAAGGCCGAGACGGAUGUGCCAGCCACCGUCGUAGAGCUCGUGAAGCAGCGGAGAAGGUGGCUGAAUGGGUCGUUCUUUGCCGCGAUCUUUGCCCUCGCCCAUACCAAGGAUAUCUGGAGGAGCAAUCACUCUUUUCUCCGGAAAAUGGUGUUUCUGCUCGAGUUCUUCUACCAGACCAUUUCGCUGCUGUUUUCGUGGUUCGCGCUGGCGAAUUUCUUCCUCGUCUUCCGCAUCCUAGCCGCCAGUCUGGCAGAGCCGGAGAUGAACUUCCGCCCUGGCGCGAUCCUGAGCGUCAUCUUCGAGUGGGUGUACUUCGGCACGCUGUUCACGUGCUUCAUUCUCGCGCUCGGGAACAAGCCUGAGGGGUCGAAGAAGGUGUAUUUCGGGAUGAUGUGCAUUUGGUCUGUGAUUAUGAGCUACCUGAUGUUCGCCGCGGUCUUCAUCACCGUGCGCUCGAUCAACGCGGAGCUCGCCGACGGCGACGGCAUCAGCGCGGGGGAGAUCUUCGCGAACCAGAUAUUCCGGGACCUGAUCGUAUCACUCGCGUCCACGUACGUUCUCUACCUAGUCGCAUCAUUCAUGUACUUCGAGCCCUUCCACAUGUUCACAUCGUUCAUCCAAUACCUCCUCCUCUCACCGAGCUACAUCAACGUCCUGAACAUCUACGCGUUCUGCAACGUGCACGACAUCUCGUGGGGGACGAAAGGCCUCGACGGUACUCAGCACGUCGACAAGAAAGACGAGUUCAAGGGCGGCAAGGCGGGCGACGGCUCCUCCGUCAAGCAGAACGCGCGCGACAGAGAUACUAACUAUGCCGAGGAGCUGCAGAACCUGGCGGGCUUGUCGCCGAAGAAGAAGCCCGAGCCUACGCCGAUGGAACAGGCUGCUGAGCGCACGCUGCAGGAGUCGUAUGAUCACGCCCAGAUCAGGUGCUGGGUCGUCCUCGCGUGGUGUAGUACUAAUUUUGCGCUGGCGGCGACGAUUAUGAACUCGGGCGGACUGAGUAGGCUCGUCAGUAGUAAUAGGGAGGAGGUGCAGAAUACUAGGAGCACGAUUUAUAUGGCUGUUGUGCUGUGGAGCGUGGCCGUGCUGAGCUUGGUGAGGUUUUUGGGCGCGACGUGGUUUUUGGUGUUGAGAUUGGUGGGUCCAUUCUAUUCCGUGAUGCGCGGGUUUGGGGAUGCAGUUGCUAACGGAGGCGUAGUUCCGCGGUGUAUAGGAUUGCGGGCAUAG